AUGCAGAAGCAGUUUAACAACGCAAUGCCUUCCUCGCUGUGCAACGAGUGCAAGAAAGCAGAGAAAAUUCUAAGUUCAUUCGUGAAGCCCAAAAAAUGGAACAAAUCGAAAUCAAAGUCAGAGGAGCCAGAGCUCGGCAUCCCACGCGCAAUCCUCUCCGGUGCAAAGGCCCUAGUUAUUUUUACAGCCAUGAAAGCAGGCGCCGUAGCUUCAAUGCGCUUCGGAUCGGGCCUAAUCGUCGCGCGACUUCCAGACGGCACCUGGUCCGCCCCGUCAGCCAUGGCAAUGGGUGGCAUCGGUCUCGGCACCCAGCUAGGCUUUGAAAUGACGGAUUUUGUCUUCGUGUUGAACAGCGAGCAAGCUGUCAAAACGUUCACUCAAUCAGGGUCUGUCACUCUCGGUAAGAAUCUCUCCGUUGCAUUGGGUCCAUAUGGACGAAGCGCGGAGCUGGGUGGCGCGAUCAGUUCGAAAGGAAUGGUAGGGAUGUUUGCGUACUCAAAGACACGGGGCGUCUUUGGAGGGAAGUCCUAUGAGGGCGGGAUGAUCGGGGAGCGGCCCGAGGCGAAUAAGAAGAUGUAUGGCGUUACGUUGACGGCGAAGGAGCUGCUUAGUGGAAAGAUUGCCCCGCCGCCUGAUGCCGAGUCCCUCAUGCAACUCCUGAAUUCAGAUAGGUUUAAUUUUAGGGAGGGCGAUGUGUCACCAGCGGCCUCUACAGCUGACUAUCCUGCUUAUGAUAGUCGUCAAGAGGUCGCUGAACUGCCUGCUCAACUACCUGAUCUGCAUAAAGAGCCAUUUGAACUAGGUGCCGAAGAGCCCCCAAAGUUUGCCGAAUUGGAUGCGGGACCUGGUCAUCAAAUUUUUGAGUUGCAUGCUGAGGAUGUUGACUCCAAAGUUUAUGAGCUCGAUACUUUCCAGUCGCUUCCGUAUCGGGUAUCAAAGGACGGGCAUCCUGCGUCAAAAACUCCAGCAGUACUACCCUCCAAGGACUCGGCUCGUGAAAAGGAGCUGCCCCCGCUACCUUCAUAUUGA